CUACACGGGUGGUCCUAACAUUUUAGAUCUAACCUUUGACGCUUUAUUAUUCAUUUUCGCAUAUUAAAGGUAUAUCCUCUGCAACGACAAGCUGUGAUUUAGUUAAUGCAUCGCCGACAAGCCGUCUAAUUGGAGCUGGCAGAAGGUCGUGUUUGGACGAUAGGUCGUUCUCUUAACAAGACAGCAGGCACGUGAGACGUGUACUGGAGGAGUGAGCGCAAAGGAUAAUUUUCUGACGUGGAGACUUCGAGAGAAAAAAGCAAACACCAAGGCAUUUGCCAAUUGUCGUUCUCUCAGACAAACCUCUGCAACCAACACAAUUGGCUCGCCACCAGAAAAGAGAAAAACCCAUACAAAUGAACAAAGAGAAAGAGAGGGAGGAAAUAACUCAAACGCCCGUCGACAAUGGUCUACCUUGGGUCUCCUUAGACAUAUCUUUUCCCUUUUCACCUACCUUCAUUUUCUUACUCCCGGAAGAAAACCAGAUUUCCUUUCCUUUCAUUCCAUUGCUCCAUAGCGGACAAAGCAAAGCAAAGCAAAUCUCCCAUCAAGCUGGUAUACCUAGAAGCAGUCUAGAGGAUGGGAAUCAGCUUCAAAUAUUGGGAUGAGUGUGUUGAACCCCAGGACAUGGAAGCAAUGUGGCGGGAACCUGAAGUGCUUACUGAAUGGUUAGAUGCUGGAGAGACUAAAGGACAGAAAGUUCACCUUUCACGGGAUCCAGAUGGACAGCCUUAUUUGACACAGACCGAGAUGAAGGCUGUAGCUGAAAUUAUUGUCCGCAGACAUUUUGACUCGCAGAUCCUUCCGGCUAUGCUCUGUGCUAUUGCUGAACUAGCAAGUGACAGGCAGCUGCUUGCUACAAGAUACGACAAAAAAACUAAGCAGACCACCGUUGGAAUCAUGCAACUUUUACCAGCAACGAUGGAGUGGCUUAUCAGAGAUUUGGGCUACCGGGUAUAUAAAGGAGAAGGAAAUCCAGAUAUUCUUUAUAGGCCUUUUGUAAGUGUAUAUUUUGGGGCUGCUUACCUUCAAUGGUUAUCAAAUUUUGAGCGACAAGAAAGAAGUGAAGAGUUUGUAGUUAGGGCAUAUAAAGGUGGUAUAGAGAAGGCAAAUCAUAAGUCAACUUUGCAGCAUUGGAAACGAUACCUUUCAGUUAAAGAAAGUCUUCCAUCCAGAAGAUUUGUUGAUGAUGGUCCUUCAGUAGAUAAUUCUUGUGUUUCUGUUGCAUCGGCUGUACCUAUUUCUGCUUCACAUAAUAUAGCAGCAUCUUCUUCACAAAAGACAGGUGGUGAUUAUGUAUAUUGGGACUCUAGAGCUUCUCCAGAGGACAUGCAAGAAAUGUGGAAUAAUUCUGAUGUUGCUAGAGAGUGGAUAAAAUCUGGAGAAAAACGUGGAAAGGUGCGCUUUUCACUUGAUAAGGACAAGAGGCUGUAUCUUUCCCGGGUAGAAGUGAAGGCAGUUGCUCAAACAAUUCUUUCAAAGCACUUUAGCACAAGAGGAGUUAAACCAUCAGUCCUCUGUGCUCUUGCUGAGAUGGUUAGUUUUCGAUUUGUGAAUGGUGUUGGACCUCAAAUUGGACUAAUGGGAAUUGACUACUCCACAGCUUUCUGGCUUUACAUGGAAUUGGGUUAUAGGGCUUACAGAGUUGAUUCUGUUGAUGAUCUAACAAAGCCAUUUGUGUCCAUGUACUUUGGUGCGGCUUAUUUGGCAUACCUAUCCGAAUAUGAAGGAAGACAGGGAAAGAACUCCACAAUUUGUUGUUCAGGCUUAUCUUGCUGGGCCAAAGAAUGUGAAUCUUCAGGAGACUGGUCCCUUUUGGCUUAAAUUUGAGGAAGCUUUGAGCAAUUACGAAGAUAUAAAGAAGGAUCCAGGAAGCUGCACCAUUUUGUAAGGUGUAAAAUAACACCACCUCAACACCAUCCGUCCAUCAAGUGGUGGUGGGUGAUUGAUUAUAGGCAGUACCCUCAGUGUUCUGGCUUCUCAUGUCAACGAUAGUUGUCAUAUACCUUUAAAUAAAUAAUUGUAGUUGAGGAUUAUGAGCUUUUCAUCUUAGAAGAAUAAACAAUUUUUUGGACAAAGCAGGGAAUUCAAUGUCAAUCAGUAUUUCUUUUGCUUGUAUUUUGUUAACUUUUAUUUUAAAAAUUUAUGUAAAUCAACAACAUUCAGGAACAUAUACUUAUGUGGUAUAUAUUUUUUUUUAAGAUGCA